AUGAUAACUUGCUUUCUCCAAUUUCGUUUGGAUUGCUAUAUUUGGAAUAUUAAUUUUUGUAUCGAUAUUACUAACUUUUUUCAAAAUAAGGGACUCGUAGAUUUUCAUGAAAGAUCUUCGUUAAAAAUAGCAUAUCUCUCUAUAUUUUUUUUGGCUGUAGUCUUAUCGGCUGCCUAUUCCGCGUCUUUGAUAAGCUUUUUAACAUCAGAUGUCACCAUCUUACCGUUUCAUUCCUUAGAGAGUCUCGUUGCAGACGGUACUUAUCAGCUUAUCGUACUUCGCGGUACGGCUGAUUAUGAUUUUUUUGUAAAUUCGGGAGAUCCACUUGGAAAAAAAAUAAGGAAGUUUAUGCUGAAAGAUGAGGAAUUGCCAGUAAAUAUAAUAGAAGGAGUUAGGAUGCGUCUUUUAUUAAAUUACAGAUUUGUGAAAAUCCGAAACUAGCAUUUUACUCGUCCGAUGAAAUAAACAUGAUUGUAAAUUUUAAACUACCAUGCGAUAUGAUUCCUAUUGAAGCAGGACAAGUGGACAGUUUAGCCAUGAUUUUAUCUAAGAACAAUCCAUUUAGGGAAGUUAUUAAUUUUCACUUGCAGAAAUUUAUCAAUAAUGGAAUGAUGAAUCAUUUAAAGGAAACGACAUUUAAAAUGAAAUCGUUUGGUAUGAUCAAGCAUCAACCGGUUUGUAUAAUCAACGUAAUAUCCCUUAUUUUCUUCAUCCUAAUUGGGAUCAUUUUGAGUAUUUGCAUUUUGAUCAUGGAGAAGUUGUUUUUUGCUCAUGAAAGUAAGAAAAAUUCGAUGGUAGAACGUAUGCCGUUAAAAAAAUUAGAUUUUUAUGUAAAGAGAAAAAAAGGUACAAAAAAUAUUACAAAUUAUUACACGAAUCGCAAAUGUUCAAGCGUAAAAUAUUAAAAACGUUUUAAUGUUUUUUCUCAACAAAUUUUUAUACACUUAUUGUAAUUUUCUAAUGGAAUGGAAACAAUCGUACACCGUAUAUAAGCUUUUGCAUUAUUUAACACAGUUUUAAAUUGAAAUAUUUAUUGAUGUAAUCGCGUGUAUGAAGCUUUUUUUUACCUGUCACGUUCACAUAUUUUAAUUCUUUUAAAUUUUAAAAAUUUUUUCCUCCUUACACGAAGUAUUACAUAUGUAUUUUAUAGACGGUAUAAAAGAAAAAAAUUAUGU